AUGGAGAACUCUUCUAGAGAACUUGUUUUUGUGCUUAAUGGCUUGAAUGAGACUAAAACAAAGAGACAGAUCUUUUUUGGUCUUUCCAUUCUUGCCUAUGUUUUCACCAUUUUUGUGAAUUUGACUCUGAUUUUGACCAUAGUGCUGGAAAAAAUUCUUCAUGAGCCCAUGUUCAUCUUCCUGUGCAAUCUGUGUGUAAACAGCAUUUGUGGCUCUACAAGUUUCUAUCCAAAGCUACUGAUUGACCUUCUGUCAGACUCUCAUGUGAUCUCAUACACUGCAUGUAUAAUUCAAAUAUUUGGAAUCUGUAUGUAUCUCUUCUGUGAAAGUACCAAUUUAUCAGUAAUGGCUUAUGACAGGUAUGUUGCAAUAUGCAAACCAUUAGAGUAUCACUCUAUUAUGACGCCUCGGAGAGUAGGAAUGUUGCUGCAAAUAACUUGGUUCUUAACUUUCAUUGAGACAAUUGUUGGCAUUUUGCUUAUAGUCAGGCUGCCCUUGUGUGGAUCCAGAAUUAAUAAGCUUUAUUGUUUUGAGUGGGAUGUGGUGAAGCUGUCCUGUAUUGAUAACACCUUAAACAAUGUAUUUGACUUUGUUAUUAUGGUUUUUCAUAUAUUUCAAUUCCAGAUAAUCAUAAUUUCCUAUGUCCUCAUCAUCCGGACAUGUGUACGGUCUCAAGCAGAGCGUAAUAAGUUCAUGGAGACCUGCCUGCCUCAUCUCAUCAUAAUGGGUAUCUUGGUUGCUUCUGCUACUCUUGAUUUUAUGUCAGCACGUUUAACCUCAGACACCUCUCUGCAGCCUCUCAGAAACAGCCUUUCUAUAAUGUACCUCAUUGUUCCUCCUAUCCUAAACCCUGUCAUUUAUGGACUGAAACUGAAGCAGCUUCGAAGGAUUGUGUGGAAAAGGUUCAACAGCAAAAUUACUGCACUGAAAUAA